AUGUCAGACAUGAUGAUUUCCUUCUUACCACCUCACCCCAAUCCAUUAAUUCCUAUGGAGUCAAUAGUUACAAAGUAUCUUGGAUUGAAAUGCCGAUUCUGCAAAAUUCAUCUUGAGGGACUGGAGAAAUAUGCUUCGCCUGAGGCCUGUUAUCAAUUCUGUUGGAGAUUCUGUCAGUUUCGACCUCUAAACAGUGAUGCAUUGCCUGGCCAGUUAAGGAACUGCACAAAUGAAGAUGAAAUUCCUGAUCUAGUUGGGAAGAAUAAAGCCAAACUUUCAGAAAAACAUGUGGAAUACGCGAUUAAAGAGCUUGGGCAGUUUCAGAAAGGGCAGACCACCCAGAAGAGAAAUUAUGUCAGGGAUCACCCCCAGUUUCUUACUUUGCGAAUUUUAGCUGAAAACAAAAUAGAAUUAAUGGAUAGUGAUGCCUUGGUGAAUAUACUGUAUGUCAUGCUGAGGUUUGGCGUGGAAGCCCAUGAUUCCUUGGUCAAAGAGCUGGUCGUGGAAGCAUGGAGAAGGGUGGAAAGGUUUAACCUUACAGUGUUGUCAAAAUACUCCACAUGCCUCUGUGAUCAACAGUUACAUGUUAGUCCUUUAAUGGGCAAAGUAGCCGACAUUCUGAACAGAAACUUGGACUCAGAACAAGAUUUAAGGGCCUUAUCUGUGUUGAUGGUCAGCAUUUCUUCUGUUAUCUCACCUGAUUUUUGAGGACAACUAGUGAACAAAGCAGAGUUUCUCUUUGACACAAAGCAUUCUUCCCUCCUGAACACCUCAAGAAGAAUACUGCAAUUCCUUUGCAGUGUUAGAUAUAAUUUUCAUCCCUUAGUCGAAAAGUGCGGUAACGUUUUUGUCAAUAACACCAUCUGCUUACAUUUGGAUUCCAUUAACAUUAUCCUUGGGUUAUACCAAUCGCUGCAGUUUAACAGUUGUGCAUUUCGUUUAGUUACCAAAGAGAAGCUUAUUCAAAUGAUGGAUCUUUUUAAUAAUCCUGCUUGCUUUGUGAAAUUGUUGGCAGCACUGGGACCCAUGGCGGGACCGAAGGAAAGAGAACGACUUAAAGCAACUCUACUCUUAAUGGCCAAGGAACUGACCAGUCAACAAGCAUUAGCAGUGGUUGAAACAAUGGAAGAAAUGAACAGCAAAAAUUCACGUCUGAUUAAAAAGUAUUUUGGCCCUUUUAAGCAGAAUGACCAGUUCUUUGGACAGUUUCUUGGUGAUGAAGUUAUUGGGUUUUUUGAGGUUUUUUCCUUGCUGCCCCCUCUCACACAGUUCCUUUUAGAUAACGGUGAUGUAAAUGCGGGGCAACACAAGAUUUAUAAAAUGUUGGGAGAGGUUCUGGGAGGAACCAGUUACACAAGAGCAUCAGUUUUCACACCUUACUAUUGCAGAAUAGAUUUUGAAUGUGUCCUGGAUAAAAGGAGAAAAAACCUUCCCUACCGAAGCCAGCGUAUAACUUGCGGGGGUGUGCCAAGCUUGCCCAUGGGCCCAGAUACCCACUUAGUUGGGGCAAGCCUACCACCAGGAGCUCAAAGAGUUGCUUUGCAAUUUUUGGGUCCCAGAGCCUUUUGCAGGAAUAAACACUUAAAAGGAAAGUGGGCCAUGCAAAAACGGCACUUGGAGAUUCUGGGGUAUCGUGUAGUUCAGGGAGGUCACACUCAAUCCUUUUGGUGCUCCAGAAUAAAAUUUUGUGUGUGGGUGUAUAUAUGUUGCUUUGGUAUUGAGCUCCAACCACAAUUUAAUGUUUUACAGAUUCCUCAUUUUGUGUGGAAUUCUAUGGAACUGUCAACCAAAGAUGCAUGGAUGAAGUACCUGAGAGAACAUAUAUUUGCAGAAGACAAUUUCUGAGUAUAGUUUUAUUUAAAUGUAUGAUCACGGAAGGUCAGAUAUUUGCUGCUUGGGAAUCGUGUGAGAAAAAAUUUUAAAUAGGACCAGCUGAACUGUUGGAAACAAUACUGUGAAGUAAUACCAAAUGAAUUGGAAGGUAGGACUGUUACUGUGUAACAAAGAUGGAAUAACUCUAGAGAUAUUAAAAAAAAGUUUUUUAACUGAA